AUGCGUUCCUCCUCGAUCCUCGUCGCAGCCGGCCUCGCCGCCACGGCCACGGCCAACAUCCAGAUCCAGACCGCGCCAAACCAGCAAGCCGGCUCCCCCGUCCGUCGCGACCUCGCCUCCUGCAACUCGGUCGCCACGGCCCUGCUCCCGAAGAUCACCGACGGGGCCCCCACCGUCCCCGCCGACGUCGCCAACUACCUGGCCUUCUCGGCCUCCGUCACGGACGCCUGCGCCGACCCCCAGAUCACGGGCUCCGUCGGCUCGGCCUACUCCACCUACGCCGCGUCCCUCACCUCGUGGAGAGAUGCGCACAUGAGCGACUUCCGCGCCGUCUGGCAGGCUUGCAGUGACGUCCAGGGCGUCGCGACGGUGUUGCCUGUCGGAAGCGGCCAGUGCAGCUCGCUGGUUGCCCAGAUUACCAGUGCCGGACCUGUUGGCGGAAACGGUAUUGGUGGUGGUAACGGUAACGGUGGUGACAGGUCCGGUAAUGCUGGACCGAGGGAGACGGGAGCUGUUAUGGCUGCGGCUGCCAUGGCUGGCUUCGUUGUUGCUGCUCUGCAGUAA